UACUCUUCAUAAAACGUGAUGACAUUGAAAUAAAAUCACUGUCAAAGCUAUUUUACUUGAUGCAAGUUUAAUUCCUCCACAAGCUUAUUUUUCAAUAAUAAACUUGAAGGUAGUAAACUAUAUUUAAGAAAUGUCAAGAUUCGCUAUUUUGGGGAUGGUUUCCCUCCUAGUCGGCGUCGCGCUGGCCUACCCAUCAACAUUGGAUACGAAAAAUUUGACAAUUUUUAAAGAUCCCAGCUCAGGACUCAAGUAUUUUUGGCAUCCAGAUGAAAAGGGGGGAUUUCAACAAGCGUUCAUCGAAGGUGGUCCAGCCCCCGUGGUUCAGGCAACGGAGGACGACGUUCAUUUCUUCCUAUUCACAAAAAGCCACCCAACCCCAUGGGAAUUGAAACCCGACUGUCCCGAUUGCAUUGCAAAUUCGGGCUUUGACCGCAAUGCGCCCGUAAAAUUUGUUUGCCACGGAUUCACGGCGGAUUACCAGAGCAGUAUGGAUGUCCUUCUUCGAAAUGCGUUCAUUGGACGAAGUGAAUUUUUUAAUAUUAUUCACGUAAACUGGGAAGCUCUUGCUGCAGCUCCAUGGUACGAUACCGCAGCGGCGAAUACUAUUCCUGUCGGCCAGUAUGUUACGCGAUUUGUGAAUUGGCUGGUUAGCAAUGGAUAUACUACACAUUCAAGAAUUCAUUACAGUGGACAUUCAUUAGGUGCACAUGUUGGCAGCCAUUUAGGAAAUCUGGGAACCAAAAUUGCCAGAAUUACUGCAAUGGACCCAGCGCUCCCACUUUUUGGAGAAAGACCCGACUCUGAACGAAUCGACCCUACCGACGCUACUUUUGUUGAUGUCAUUCACACUGCAGGGGGAGGAUUGGCGUUCCUAGAAGCACGUGGAGACGUUGAUUUUUAUCCGAAUGGCGGAGCCCCAUAUCAACCGGGGUGUGGCAUAGACGUCAUUUCAACCUGCAGUCACAGUCGCGCUUAUGAAUUUUUCGCUGAAUCAAUUUGGCACACUAAUGGCUUCCCAGGUUAUAAAUGUAAUAGUUGGGAGGAGUAUGACAGUGGCAGAUGUUCAAUGACCGACAGGGCUUUUAUGGGGGAACCAUGCUCACCUUCUGCUCGUGGAAAAUACUACCUUCGAACAAAUCAAAAUCCUCCCUUUGGCCAAGAGUAAAUCAAGAGCAGAUCUGUAUCUUGUCAGUAUACGCCCCAAAAAAUCUGAAUUUUCCAUGCUCAAAAUUUGUCUUUACAUGAACAACACGAGAAAUCGAACCACUUUGCUCUUUCACUAUAAGUUCUUUUUGGAAAACUUUGUUCAUAAAAUAUAUAAAGUAAUAAUUACUGCAACGUGGUUGUCCACCUACCAUAUUCUUGAUACAAUUAA